AUAAAACAUAUCCCUUCAGCUUAGAUUAUGUCAUUGUCAGCAGUUCACUAGACCUAUAAGAUGGGAGUUCUGGAAGUACAGCCGGGUGGCUGGGUGUGGGUGAAAAAGGAUUGUUUCCUUCCUGCAAAUGUUAUUUCCUCGGCAAAUGGAGUCCUGACCUUAAAGAUUGAUAAUGAUGAGGUCGUAAAGGUGAACAGUAGUGACAUGACAACAGAUAAGUACAGCAUAAUGCACCCAUCCAGUUUAACUGGUACCCCUGACAUGGCAUCACUAAGUGACCUUCACGAGGGUUCAUUGCUCCACAACCUUAAAGUCAGAUACUUUUCCAAUGAGAUUUACACAUACAUCGGAUCUAUAUUAGUUGCGGUGAACCCCUAUAAGCCUAUCAGUGGGCUCUACUCUAACGAGAAUCUUGAUAAAUAUAGCAAGUUAUUCAUUGGUGAAGACAAGCCACAUAUCUAUGCAAUUGCUAACGAAGCUUUUAGAAACGUUUGGAAAACUGGAGAAAGCCAAUGUGUUUUGAUCAGCGGUGAGUCAGGAGCGGGUAAAACAGAGAGCACGAAGAUGAUCCUGGACUUUCUAAGUGCGAUGGGAGCAAAGAACAAUAACGGGGAGAAAAGUCUCGUAUCUUCUCGUAUCCUUAGCAGCAGUCCGAUACUGGAAGCGUUUGGUAACGCUAAAACGGUCUACAACCACAACUCAUCUCGGUUUGGAAAGUUUAUACAGCUCUUCUUUGCUGAGGAUGGAAACAUUGUCGGCGGCAACAUCUCUCAUUAUCUCCUAGAAAAGAACAGAACAGUCGGUCAGAACCCCAGCGAGAGGAACUAUCACAUAUUUUAUCAGUUGUUACUCGGAGUACAAGAACCGCUGAAGACUAAACUCUGUCUGGACGACCCCAAAAACUUCAGAUAUGUCUCUGGGAGUAUUAGGGACCCUAACUGCGAGGAAACGCCAGCUGAAUUAAAACAAUUAACAAGGGAUAAGAACGAUUAUAAGGAAGUGCUAACCUCUUUUGAAGUGAUGGGUCUUAGUAAUCAGGUAGUGGAAGAGAUAUUAACGAUACUAGCUGGAAUAUUACAUCUUGGUAAUGUUAGAUUCCAUAUGGACGGAGGAGCUCAGAUAUCUGAUAGAGAUGACAGGUGCGGGAACACGAUGUAUGCCGGAGAUAAUGUCACUGUUGAAAACAUGCAAUCUGUGGAGAAAGCUGCUCAGUUCCUGAGUGUUAACACGGAGCAGUUGAUAGAGUCGCUUACACACAACAAGAGGGAAAUGAGGGGGGAAGUAUUCCUCUCUCCACUGAACGAAGACCAGGCUAUAGGCAGCCGGGACUCUAUAACCAUGGCGGUGUACUCACAUCUCUUCGACUGGAUCAUCCAGCGUAUAAACUCGCGUAUAAAGUCCCCCAAACCUCCCUUCUCCUCAAUCGGUGUGCUGGACAUAUUUGGGUUCGAGAACUUCCAAGUUAACAGAUUCGAACAGUUCAACAUCAACUUUGCGAACGAGAAACUACAGCAGUAUUUCAACAAACAUAUCUUCUCUUUGGAGCAGCUGGAGUAUAACCAGGAAGGAAUACCCUGGAGUGAUAUAGACUGGACGGACAAUGCCGGCUGCAUUCAGUUAGUGGAGAGGAAAAUGGGCAUAUUCUCCAUUAUAGAUGAGGAGAGCAGGUUCCCUAAAGGAACUGAUAAAAGCAUGCUUGAAAAGUUGCACAACGCUAACGCUAAAAACACCUUCUACAUCAAACCUAAGAUUACAGGGUCAGAUUUUGGAAUCAGACAUUACGCAGGUGACGUUGUUUACAACACAGUUGGGUUCUUAGAGAAAAACAGGGGCUCUUUCAGGGACGACCUUAUUACGCUGCUGAAAGACAGUAAAUCAGACUUUAUGUACGAUCUGUUUGAGGGAGUGAAACUCUCAUCAGAGAGAGGAGGACGGGGUAAACCCAAAUCUGCAACUGUAGCUUCCUCCUUCAAAGAGAGUCUCUCUUCUCUCAUGACGACUCUCUCCGCGUCUAACCCUUUCUUCAUCCGUUGUGUAAAACCCAACGCUACAAAACAAUCUAACAAUUUCCAGAACCAGCUUAUGAUCAACCAACUCAGAUAUUCAGGAAUGAUGCAGACGGUUGUAAUCAGAAGGUCAGGAUACCCAGUAAGAAGAUUAUACGCUGACUUCUGCUCCAGAUACCAACCUCUCCUAGCUGCUAUCUACACUAAAGAUGCUAAAGAUAAAGUCUCUCUUUAUCUAACUAAAAACGCGUCAGAGAAAGAGUGGCAGGCAGGUAAAACAAAAGUGUUUAUGAAGGAGACCUUGGAGAAUGUUCUAGAACAACAGCGAGUGAUUAUCUUGGGAUCAGCUGCUACCAUGAUACAGAAACACUGGCGUGGAGCCAUUGCUAGAAUGCACUACAGAAAGAGACUAGAUAACAUUAUCAAGGUACAAAGUAUUGUCAGAGCCCAUCUCUACCGCAAACUCUACCUCCAGACCAAAUCAGCUGCUCUUGUCGUUCAGAAAUACGUCAGAGGACACAUUGCACGACAACUCGUGGCAGAAAUGUGGGCGGAGAAGUGCGCACGUCUGGAAGCAGAGUUGGAAUCACAGCGCCAGGCUCUGGAAGCGAGGCGCGCGGAGAUGGAGCGUCUCAGGAAGGAGGCUCAAGAACAGGAGGCGGAUCAGCUGCGUAAAGAGUUGGAAGAAGAAGAAGCUGCAAGAAAGAAGGAAGAAGAAGAGCGAAAGAAGAUCGAAGAAGAGAGGAUGAGAGAAGCCAUGAGAAAGAUGGAAGAACUGGAAAAGAAGAGACGAGAAGAAGAAGCGAGGAAGCUAGAAGAAGAAAAAAUCAGGCUCGAAGAAGAAAGACUGGAGAAAGAGCGAGAAGAGAAGCGUGCAGAGGACGAGAGAGCAGCAGCAAUCCUGGCUGCCGAAGCUGCCGAGGCAGAAGAAAUGGGCCUGGCAGACGAUGAGGUGGCCCUGGACGAGGCUGAACAAGAGAUGUUCAAACACUUGCAGGAUCUGGAUAGUCACCUGGGAAUGGAGGAUGGAGAACCUGAGCAGGCUAUAGACGAAUGGUGGGACCUGGAGCAGGAAGAUGAAGAUGUGUACGCUAACAUGCACGGACAGGACAACUUUGAUACAAUGAGUGAGGCUGGGGACGGUCCGGAUAUAGAUUCUGAGAACUUAGCUCCUGUUCAUGCAGGAUACCUUAAAGUCCGUGAAGCAAGCAUGGUGAGCAGAUGGAAACAAAAGUUCUGUAUCCUACAGGGAGACUCACUUUUGAUAUUCAACGCUAAACAGGACUACUUGAAAUCAGGUUGGCUACGUAAGAAGGGUGGUGGUAAAGGAACCUUGUCAAGGAGAAACUGGCUGCCCCGUUUCUUCAUUCUACAGAACACUACUCUCAGCUACUUCGAGUUUGAAGGUGGAGAAUCAAAGGGAAGUAUAAACCUACGGCAAGCUGUAAAGAUCCUCGAGAACAAUCUAGAUAAGAACAAGAGUAACUAUAUUGGUAUUGUGACUCCUGAUAGAACUUACGAGAUUAUAGCUGAGGACGAGAACGAGCAUAGGUCCUGGUUAAGAAUACUAAGAGACGUACACGGAACACCUGAUGAGUUGUUACACACGAUGAAAGAGGAGAUGAACCCUAGAAACGCUAUAGCGAGUAUAGAUCUUAUGGAGCUAGAGAGCUGUAACCGGAUAGAAGACAAGGCAGAGAACCACGUGUUUUGUGUUAUAACUAAUGAUAGGUUACACUACUUUGCUGCUGAGGAUAGUGAUGAGAUGUUCAGGUGGAUAGACCUGCUCUCACCCCAGGAUAUAAACGUGAAACAAAACGCGCUACAUUCCGGCUACAUGACACUAGUCAAGAACAAGAUUAUCAGGAGGAAGGUGUUUGUGUCCCUCACUGAGAAAGGGUUGGAGAUGUCUAAACGUAGAGAUGGUCCUGUUGAAGGUAAGAUCUCGCUCCACUCCCUGUGUGUGGUUACAAACCCAGUGGAAGAUGGAGGGGACUUCUGUUUCUACAUUCAUGUCAGAAAGAGGUCUUACUACUUUGCUGUUAAGACCAUGUCAGAGGCGAACCAGUGGGCUGAUGAUAUCAGUGAGGUUAUCACAAGCAAGGAACAGUUCCAGACCCGCACAGAACGUCUUAUUGUUGAACUGAGGAACUUACAAAGUGACGAAAUAGAUAGUGUUUACAGAACUAACGCCAUACUCAGAUACACUAAACCAGCUAUACAAACACCUAUACUUGCUCUGCCUUAUGGACCAUGCUCCGCUACAAACGCCACCUCACUUCAAGAACAAGCUGUCUCCAUCUACAAGUCAUUCCUCAACUACGAGGGAGCAACUUCUCCUGUCGAUUUUAUAGAAACACAGCUGGGACUAUUGUUCGACUCACCCCUGCUGAUAGACGAGCUGUACUGUCAGCUGAUAAAGCAGACUAGUUGGGUGCGGGAUGUGGACAACCCGCAGAAUCUGCGGUAUUGGAUGUUCUUGUUGUGUGUUCUGAUCACACAUACACCCUCCAGGAAGAUACUCAGGUACCUGAAGUACCACGUGCAGCACAACACUUGCAAGUACUCCGGUACGGAGAUGUACAAGUUUGCAGUGUACGCAGAGGGGCUCCUCUCUUCGGGGGUGAAACAGAGAGAGUACGUGCCCAGCAGGGAGGAACUGAAGAAACUCAUGUUCCUCAAGGACAUGCCUGCUAGCAUUAGUUGUUACGGUGGAUGGAACUGUAAGAUCGCGGUAACACCCACAUUAACUGCACGUGUGGCAGUUGCGCGGCUCCUCAGCGGUAUGGGGCUCAACCCACGACAUAACAAAUACGCCCUGUUCGAGAAACAGGGCAACAUUUACAAGGUGAUAGAAGAUAGAACACUGAUGUCCGACGUUCUAGCCAAGUUCGAGCGUAAAACAGCAGGAGAGGGCUGGGUUGUCUUUUUCAAACUUUUCGGGAUCGUAGAGUUCAACAUCUCUAAAUGUGAUCCGCUAGAGCUUGUGUUUUUAUACGAGUUUGUUUGUGAUCAGAUUAGAAGAGGGCUUUGUCCUGAUGACAAGGUCUCCUUGACUGAACUAGCAGGGUUGAGAUGUCAGUACCUAUACGGAGACUACAGCCCUGAGAAGAACUUUACCGUAUCAGAUAUCUACAAAGUAACCCUCCCUGAGGUUAAGUACAGCUCGUCUAGGAAGAACACCGGUACUUUGAGAGGACUGGGGACGUUGGGUAAAGGAACUAUUCGCAAACUCAAGGACCUGUACACAGACACAGAGAGGGAAGAUGAGUUGCUGAUGCAGGAGGAAGUGGAGAAAGUUAAGAAUACUAUUAACGAUUAUUGGAAAACUAAGGCUGGGCUUAGCAAAGGUGCUGCCCAACAAGAAUUAUUGAAGGUCACAACCAGAUGGCUAGCUUUCGGGUACGGAAUAUUCGACGUGCUCAUCAUCGACAACAGGUUCAGGGAGACAGAGUUAUGGUUAGCAGUCGGACGGAAUGACAUCGCUAUUUACCCUCGACAGAAGAGCUUACCUCUUGAAGUCCACACUUACGAUAGUAUUAUCAGCUUCGGGGCUCCUCAGGUAAAUGUGUUCAAGAUAACGAUAGAAGGCCACGCCCCACUCGAGAUGAACACUCCAGAAUUUUUAGACAUCGCCCGGUUAAUGAAAACCUAUAUCGGCAUCAUGGUAAAGAUGAAAAAAGAGAAACAUUAAAGUUAAAUAAUUAAAUAUUUGACUGGUUGCUAAUGAUUUUAUUAGAUAAUUAGUCGGUUAUAUAAGACUGAUUUCUAUAUAUUUAAUGUUGGUAAGGGUGUGGCUCAGUUUGUUAACCAUUUGAGAUUUAUUAAACUAACAACAACGACUGGAAAGUACAGAGUCUAGGCUGUCAACUAAAGGUAUUUUGAGAUUAUCCCGAUCCAACUUAGGCAUUAUUCCAAUAUUUCCCGGAUCGGAUGCCUUACAGAGCUAAAAUUAUGUUUGAUAGCACUUAAUAACAUCUUUACUAAUGUGUUCUUGAAUGAAUGCUAUUGUUGGUUAGACUGGGUAUAAUAAUCCUAGUUUGUUAAAAUUGUUAAUAUGACUAAGCUUUAUACGUUCUGUACGACACCAUUUGUAUUAACCUUCUUUUAAAUUUGAUAUUGUUUUUAAGUAAAUCGAAAAUUUUAUCUUAAACAUCAUUAUUGAUCUUUUUGUUGACACAAUGUUUAUGAAUUAUUUUAUUGUCAACUUUUUACUUAGUACCGCGUCAUAUUCAUAUGAUUUUCUGUUUGUAUUGGAAGGAUAUGAUUAUUUAUAUUGAUAUUAUUGGUUUGGUCGCGCCCGAAUACACUAAACUCCAUAUCUUAACAGCCGAGAAGUUGCGAAGGUCGAUUAUUUUUAAUGAUUUAAUCGUAAAUAUGAGCCAAUCAGAAUAGUAGCCGAUUACUCGAUCAACCAGAUUCUCAUCUGUAAUUUAAUUGAAAAUAGCAAACCGUGUAUUUAAGUAUUAAGAACAUGAUGUAAAUUUUGUAAAUACACAUCUUUCCCUGGUCAUUAAUAACAAUUUGAAACAUUUCAAGCUCGUCUUCUUUUGAUUACAUUAAUGGAAUUCUUUCACAGACGAAUAUUCGUAAAAUGGUUUGGGCACAUGUUUUGAAAUGAAUUGUGAUGAUAGAUUAUCAGAUACAUAAAAUCUGUUGGUAAAUCGUAAUUUUAUUGGUAAAAAUCGCAAUUAAAGAAAGAUGAUAAGGAUUUUGUUAUUGUAGGAAAGUCGUCAAAUCAUUUAAACAGAUCUUGAAACACAUGGCUUCUUUAAUUAAAACUAAAAGAUGAUAUAAGUUACUAAUACAGCACUGUAUUUACCUAUGAAGUAAUUAUUAUUUACUGAAUCUGUUAACCUGCACAUUUUAAUUUGGAUUUUGAAAUUA